AAAAAGACACUUCAGAAUAGUCCUCAGUCCUGCCGUUGGCAGGAUUCCCAUUCAAGAUUCUCGCCAGUGGGACUCAAGUACUAAGCGAGAUAGUCUUUUGUCACCUCCCCCUUUACUGUUUUGAAAAACAUUAAGAUUAAAAAAACGACAAACGAUCCCCCGCUGCCAAAUGUUAGGAGAGUCCAGAGAAAGGGUCUUGAGAUAGCAUGGGUGUGUCUACACGCAGCUCCCGGAUCCCUCGGCCCCCGCCGCCCUCAGCCUUCCGGCCGUUCUCCCCGGACGCCCCGGCCCCAGCCCCUGCCUUGCCCAGGGAGCGCCUGGACCCCCAGGACCACUGCCGACCCGGCCUCGCGCCUGCGCACUGUGGGCCGCGCGGAGGCCGGGGGCGGGGCGGCCUUAGGUUCCGCCCACCGGCGCGGCUGGAGGGGGCGAGAAAAAGCUUUGCCUCACUUGCAGGCAGCGCUGAGCCGACAGCAGCGGGAGACGCGGUUGCGGGCAGGAUGAGUGCAGUCUCGGACCCUGUGGUCAUCGUCUCGGCGGCGCGGACCGUGAUAGGCUCCUUCAAUGGUGCCUUAGCUACGGUUCCUGUCCAGGAUCUGGGCUCGACUGUCAUCAAAGAAGUCCUGAGGAGGGCCACUGUGGCUCCGGAAGACGUGUCUGAGGUCAUAUUCGGACAUGUUUUGGCAGCAGGUUGUGGACAGAACCCUGUAAGGCAAGCCAGUGUGAGUGCAGGAAUUCCCUACUCGGUUCCAGCGUGGAGCUGCCAGAUGAUCUGUGGGUCAGGCCUAAAAGCUGUGUGCCUUGCAGCCCAGUCCAUAGGGAUAGGAGACUCCAGCAUUGUAGUUGCAGGAGGCAUGGAAAGUAUGAGCAAGGCUCCUCACUUGGUUCACCUGAGAGCAGGAGUGAGGCUCGGGGAGACGGCGCUAGCUGACAGCAUCCUCUGUGAUGGUCUCACGUGUGCAUUUAACAGCUAUCAUAUGGGUGUUACUGCUGAAAAUGUAGCAAAAAAAUGGCAAGUGAGUAGAGAAGAUCAGGACAAGAUUGCAGUUCUGUCUCAGAACAGGACAGAGAGUGCACAGAAAGCUGGUCAUUUUGAUAAAGAGAUUGUACCAGUUGUUGUGUCUUCUAGAAAAGGCCUUAUCGAAGUUAAAACAGAUGAGUUUCCUCGCCAUGGGAGCAACAUAGAAGCUGUGUCCAAACUAAAGCCUUAUUUUCUUACAGAUGGGACAGGAACAGUAACCUCAGCUAACGCCUCAGGAAUCAACGAUGGAGCUGCUGCUGUGGUUCUUAUGAAGAAGUCAGAAGCUGUUAAGCGUGGGCUUACACCAUUAGCACAGAUAGUUUCCUGGUCACAAACUGGCGUGGACCCUUCCAUUAUGGGAAUAGGACCAGUUCCAGCCAUAAAGCAAGCUGUUGCAAAAGCCGGUUGGUCACUGGAAGAUAUCGAUUUAUUUGAAAUCAAUGAAGCCUUUGCAGCCCUGUCUGUUGCAAUAGCUAAAGAACUUGGAUUAAACUCAGAGAAGAUCAACACUCAAGGAGGGGCUAUAGCUUUGGGCCACCCUCUUGGAGCAUCUGGCUGCCGAAUUCUUGUGACCCUGUUACACACUCUGGAGAGAACAGGCGGAACCCGUGGUGUUGCGGCCCUGUGCAUUGGGGGUGGGAUGGGAAUAGCAAUGUGUGUUCAAAGAGGAUAAACUGUUUAAAUUCACUUGAAACUUCAUUUUUCUUAUAACAUUUUAUGUGAAAUCAGGACCAACGUGAGGAAGGAAACCAUCUCCUAUGUGAACCUAAGUUGAUAGCUUGCUGUACUUUUAAUGUGUAAUACUCAAAGAUACAAGACAAAUUGUUAUAAAUAAAAGACAUCAAAUUAAUCAUCAA